AUGAGGGGGGAGGGGAGUACACUGUGACCUGACUGGGAUCUGUAUUCUGUCUGUACAGGAAAAAGAGAUCCGGAGGAAAUAUUCACCCAGCCAGGAUCUGAUCUUCUCCUCCCCAUCAGACGUCAUCUCAUCCUCACCCGUACAAAUACAAGGAGAUGUGACGAGUUUAUGUGGAUCUAUGAGAAAUCUCCUGGACGCUGGGAUGAAAUAGCUAAACACAGUGAUUGUGAUCUGUCUUAUCUCAGAUAUUUCCCCAAUACAAGGAUAUCAGAGAAUGGAAGUCUCAUCAUAUCCAAUGUGACUCUGGAGAAUGACGGGAGAUACGGGGUGAUUAUAGAGAACUCUGCAGGACACCAUAUACAGACAGAUCUUUACACCGUCCAUGUAGAAGUUCCAGUAUCGGUUCCGCUCCUCCGUGUCUCAUGUCUCCGGAAUGACAGCGCUGAGAUCUCCUGCAGGGUGGAGGCGGGGACUAAGCCGAAUAUCCGUCUGUCUGUGAUUGGAGGAUCCCAGGAGAAUUAUUCCACUUCUGCCAAUAACAUUACAGCCAUUGUGGGGUCACCGGGGCCCUGGAACAUCACCUGUACUGUGGAGAAUGGGGUCAGCCAAUCGGAGGAGAGCAGAGCCGGGGUCAAUUGUCCAGGAGAAAGUCGGUCAUGUUGGGGUCACUUCCUGUCAUCCGGGGCGGUCUUUGUCCUCUACACCGGGCUCCUUAUCUGUAUAGUCAAUGACCUGAGGAAGAGGAAGAAUGAGAAGAAUCGGAGUGAGAGGAGGACGUGGAGAAGAGAUCAGGUGGAGAUGGAAAUGGAACCAACUUACUAUGAUGACUGCGAAUGAAACCUCUUGUGUGCCGGAUCUGUAGAUCUGCAAGGCUUUGCCCUCAUCUUGUGAGAGACAUUUAUCUGACAUUUUAUAUAUAUAGUUGUUCGCUGCUUCACCUUCUCCCGCCACAUAUUGAUCAUUUCUCUUUAUAAAUCUCAUUAAUAACUGUAUGACUAGAAGACCCGCCAUGAACUUAUGGAACUAAUGGACCUUUUACCUUCUUUGGAUAUUAGAGAAAGCCACACAAAGGUGUCCACCUAGGAUAACAUUCCUGAGAAGAAAUGUUUAGCUUCUGG